AUGUCCUCUGCUGGGGAUGAUCGCGGAUACAAGGUUGUCUACACCAGCAGGAAGAAAGAUUCCGACCGCGUCGACGAUUACCGGCCGCGGCGAGACUACGAAUAUCCCAACGAACGAGAACGAGUGGUGCGUCGUGACUACCGUGAUGAACGGGUAGAGAUCGACAGGAGCAGCCGCAGCGACCUUGACACCCGCAGCAGUACCAGGACGACUUACAAGGUCGGCCGGGACAGGAAGUCCGAAGCGUACCUCAAACGUGGCGACGCGGUCGUCGUCGAGAGCCCAAGAGAGUAUGCACGUGCAGAGUAUGAGGUUAUUCGCCCUACGAGGAACGCCGAUGGUGCGUACGUGAUCGAUCUUGGAGGAGGCCGCCCUCGAGGCCGAGACGGCCGCGAUGCGAGAUCCUACGACGUCGACUCUCGCUCGGGACACGGCGAAGAUGUCGUCGUGUACGACGCCCGUGGACGAGACCGCGGCGUUGUCAAGGACUCCGUCUACAAGGAUGUGCAAGUGCUCGAGGACUACGAUGACGAUCCUCGCGACCAACGGGGCCGUCGCAUGGGGCCGUACGAGGACGAGGAACCAGCAAUGCGCCUACGGAGUGCGAUGAGGGGCAGAAAUAACUCCCCGCCUGAAAUUUGGGAGCGCAAGCGGUCAAGGAGCCGAGUAGGGUUCUUCAGAGACCAGGUCAGCCUUCACGACGCCAGCGAGAGUCGCCAUGAACGACCGGGCGCAGAGGCACACAUCGCGGGCAGAUACCUCGUCGGUCACAGGGGCCAACGUGUGCAAGACGACGACGACGACGACGACGACGACGACGGCAAUGAGGAUGACUAUCGAAAUCGGCCUAGAAGACGAUACGGACCUCAACGCAUGAGCGAUCCGCGCAUUACUGGCCAGGAGGAGUAUGACGACGAAAAACGCACAUUCACCGAGGAUGUUAUGAGGAGCUACGAGUAUGAAGACGAUUCCCGACCGCGACCAGCCUAUCCCUAUCCACCGCAAAGAAGCCGGUCUAGAAGACGACAAUCACGACGACAUGCCGACGAUUAUUCUGAGUACUCUGAACAUGAGGUCAGAAGGCGUACUGAAGAGUAUUACUGA